AUUUGUUCGGUGUUUGGUGACCCUGUCCAGCGGGCAAUGACGUCAUAACGUGGUAGGUGUUUCUUUUUACCCGUAAACGUGAAACGUGAAUGUAGGGUUGUGUUGAAGAAAUAAAUCGGAGCAAUGGUUCGUAUGAAUGUAUUAAGUGAUGCGUUGAAAUCCAUCAACAAUGCUGAAAAACGAGGAAAGAGGCAAGUUCUCUUGAGGCCAUCUUCGAAGGUUAUAAUCAAGUUUCUCACAGUAAUGAUGAAGCAUGGUUAUAUUGGAGAAUUUGAAAUUGUUGACGAUCAUCGUUCUGGUAAAAUAGUCGUAAACCUCACUGGUCGACUGAACAAAUGCGGAGUUAUAUCACCAAGGUUUGAUGUUCCUAUCAAUGAUAUAGAGAAAUGGACCAACAACCUUCUUCCGUCACGUCAGUUUGGUUAUGUUGUCUUGACAACAAGCGGUGGAAUUAUGGAUCACGAAGAGGCAAGGCGGAAACAUCUCGGUGGGAAGAUUUUGGGUUUCUUCUUUUAAACAGAAAAUGUGAACUGUAAAAUAAAAGUUGUUUACAAGUAA